AUGAUUGCUGAAAAAAUAAGGCAUACUGGAUCUAAAUAUUGGUGGAUAAUACAUCCAUUCAGUUACGCUAGAUUAAUGUGGGAUACCUUGAUGAUGGCAAUAUUCUUUAUCGCUUUCUUUACAAUUCCUUUUAUGAUUUGCUUCGUCACAAUGGAUUAUGAAACAAUCGGUCUGGAUAUAGUGAAUAUUCCAAUUUACGCGAUCUGUUGGAUAGAUAUAAUGCUAAAUUGUAUUACGGGAUAUUAUAACAAGAAAACCAUGUCUGUUGAAUUGAAACCUAUUAAGAUAUUUAUAUUCUAUCUAAAAGGAUUUCUCGUGCCGGAUGUGCUGUCGUCUUUUCCGUUUGAUUAUAUGACACUGCAAUGGCGAAGAUUGCCGGGAAAUAAUCCUUAUUAUAUUGUUACUUUAAUUAAUAUCAUGCCUCUCAUAAAAUUAGCACGCUAUUAUACUUUCAACUCAAACAUUUAUCAUCUGUUUACGCAUUUUGAAAUAAAAAGCUUUUACUUUGAAUUAUGUACUACUUUAUUGCUAGGAUUAUAUUUAAUCUUUUGGUGUUCUUGUUUGUGUUACUUAAUACCGAUUUUACUGAUGUACUUUGUCAACAUUUCGCCGACAGAAUGCGAGGAUUGUUGGAUGAUGAAAUUGGAAGACGACAGUCUCAAAUUCAAAUUCAAGAACGCUGCAUUUAUUGUAUUGGAAAAUAUAUUAUCAAGUGGCUAUGGUCUGUUCGUGCCAAAUACAGAUGGCCCUCUCAUUUUUAAUAGUAUUCUUAUGAUUAUCGGCAGAAUCAUCGUAUGCUACAUGUUGAUUAUGUUUCUUCGUAUCAAAGCUGAGAGAAAAUCAUCCGAAUCGAAAUUUCAAGAGUUAAUAGAUCAAGUCAAAGCAUACACAAGACAAAAGCAAUUAUUAUCGCAUAUGAAGAAACGUCUCUUAGCUUAUUAUCAUUAUCGUUUCAAAAACACCUACUUUCGCAGUAAACGGAUUUUAUCAGAUUUGACAGAACCGUUACGAGAAGAGAUUGCGUUUCAGUCUUGUCGACGAUUGAUCGAAAACGUGGCAAUUUUUAAGAAUUUACCACGAAAUGUUCUACAAUCAAUAGUGAAGAACUUAAAAUUCGAGUUAUAUUUGCAAAAUGACGUAAUCAUUAAAGCUGGUGCUCAGGGCGAUUGUAUGUUCUUUUUAUCCUCUGGGACUGUUGCGGUUUUAACACCAACUGGAAAGGAAAUGUGUCAUUUAAAUGACGGUGCCCAUUUCGGCGAAGUUGCACUCUUAGUGGCGGAUCAGAGAAGAGUAGCUAGUGUUGUCGCAAUCGAAGUUUGUGAGGUGUAUCGAUUAGAUCGUAAAGAUUUUCGUCAAUGCAUAGACGUACACAGUGAGUUAUUUGCAGAAAUUGAACGCAUUGCUACGGAACGUAUAGAGAAAACUGUCAGAGCUGAGGAACAAUACAAGCGUUUUUUAAUGCGUCCUAGUCGCGUGCCGAAUUUACGCAAUGGAUCAACAAAAAUUUGA